AUGGCAUCAUCAAUUAGUGCUAAAGCUUUGAUGCUGCUUCACAGUAGAGGAGAUCGUUGUCUGAGAUUUCCACUGAAAAAUGGUGUUGAGUUUGAGCAUUCAGAAAACUUGGGAAUGAUUACGCGUGUAAGGGCAACAGGUGGUAACAGUUUAGGGACAGAUGAAGAUAAAGAUGGAUCAGAGGGUGUGUUUGGGGCCAUCAAUAAAAAGAGAAAUAAGGUGCUGGCUUUACAAAAGGAUCUACUUCAACAGGUUGUGGAAAUAAAGAAACUGGUUUCUUCAGAAAAGAGUGACAAUAUUCUUGAAUCAGAAGUGAACAGUAUAUCAUAUGAACUCGGUAACAAACCUCUCACAAAUAAAUCAAGUCCAAAGAAUGCUUCCACCAGAAGUGAUAAUGCAGUUAAAAACCAAAAUGAAAACAUUGCUUCACCAAACUCUGCCUAUUCUAGUAAAGGAUCUGUGAAAGCACCAUUUGUAGGCACUAAUGGAAGCUUUAAUGAAGCUAAGGGGGGAGAUGCUAAAACCCCACCUGAAAUGGCUUCCUAUUGGAUACAUUUAAAUGAAAAGUUGGAAGACAAGGCACAUGAGACUAUUAGGCCUGAUACUCUCUUAGCCUUAUUUGCAAAUGGCACUGAACAUUUGAAUCUAGAGGUUGAGAAUCAGGAAAGUGUGAGUGAAUCUGCCCCUGUUGAGAGUGAAGGUGAAACUGAAAUACCCCCACCUUUGGCUGGGACCAACGUCAUGAAUGUCAUAUUGGUUGCAGCAGAAUGUGCUCCCUGGUCAAAAACAGGUGGGCUUGGAGAUGUAGUUGGUUCCUUACCAAAGGCUUUGUCUAGACGUGGACAUAGAGUUAUGGUUGUGACACCUCGCUAUGGUAAUUAUGCGGAAGGCCAAGAUACAGGAGUUCGAAAAACGUACAGAGUAGAUGGUCAUGAUGAGGAAGUAAGAUAUUUCCAUGCCUACAUUGAUGGUGUGGACUUCGUUUUCGUUGACAGUCCAUUUUUCCAUCAUCUAGAACAUAACAUAUAUGGGGGAAGCCGAUUGGAUAUUCUAAAACGCAUGGUGCUGUUUUGCAAGGCAGCGGUUGAGGUUCCAUGGCACGUUCCAUGUGGAGGUGUUUGCUAUGGAGAUGGAAAUUUGGCCUUCAUAGCAAAUGAUUGGCAUACUGCAUUGCUGCCAGUGUAUCUGAAGGCAUAUUACCGUGACCAGGGUUUGAUGAAGUAUACAAGAUCAGUUCUUGUGAUUCAUAACAUAGCUCACCAGGGUCGGGGGCCUGUUGAUGAUUUUUUCUUUGUGGAUUUACCUGAACACCACAUGGACCUUUUCAAAUUAUAUGACCCCAUUGGAGGUGACCAUUUCAACAUCUUUGCAGCUGGUUUAAAGACAGCAGACCGUGUUGUAACAGUUAGUCACGGUUAUGCAUGGGAGCUCAAAACUUCUGAAGGUGGUUGGGGCUUGCAUAGGAUCAUAAAGGACAAUGAUUGGAAAUUAAGGGGCAUUGUGAAUGGAAUUGACAACAAAGAUUGGAACCCUCGGUUUGAUGUUCACUUGAAAUCAGAUGGCUACACAAACUACUCCCUUGAGACACUUUCUAGUGGCAAGGGUCAAUGUAAAGCAGCAUUGCAAAAGGAGCUUGGUUUGCCUAUCCGUGACAAUGUCCCGGUUAUUGCCUUCAUUGGAAGGUUGGAUCAACAGAAAGGAGUUGAUCUCAUAGCUGAAGCAAUUCCUUGGUUGAUGAGUCAGGAUGUACAACUAAUCAUGUUAGGCACUGGAAGGCCUGAUCUAGAACACAUGCUUAGGCAAUUUGAAAGCCAACACCAUGACAAGAUAAGGGGAUGGGUUGGCUUUUCGGUGAAGAUGGCUCACAGGAUAACUGCAGGCUCUGACAUAUUACUCAUGCCAUCAAGGUUUGAGCCAUGUGGAUUGAACCAACUUUAUGCCAUGAACUAUGGAACAGUUCCUGUUGUUCAUGCUGUUGGUGGACUGAAAGACACAGUGCAGCCUUUUGAUCCUUUCAAUGAGUCAGGCCUUGGGUGGACAUUUGAAAGUGCAGAUUCAGGUAAGUUAUCACAUGCAUUAGGGAAUUGCCUCUUGACCUACAGGGAGUAUAAGAAGAGCUGGGAAGGGCUUCAAAAGAGAGGUAUGACUCAAGAUCUUAGUUGGGACAAUGCUGCUCAGCUGUAUGAGGAGGUGCUUCUUGCUGCCAAAUACCAAUGGUGA